UUGUAGCAAACUUCACCUGUUGUCAGCAAUUAUUUAUCAUUGAAGACUGACCACUAAUGAGAUCCCGUUAAAAUCAAUCGGAAUUGCAUAAAUUCCUAUAAAAAAAAAGAUAAAACUCAUCGCCUUCAUAUCAACCAGAACUUUAAGUCCUCAAACAUGGCCAGCUACAAGCCAAACGAUUCAAAAAGAGACGAGUUCAGAAGAUAUUUGGAACGUUCUGGUGUCCUUGAUGCCCUCACCAAAGUAUUAAUUGCUCUCUAUGAAGAGCCUGACAAACCAACUGACCCAAUAGAGUACAUUAGAAAAAACAUCGGAGGAAUGGCAGAGAUCACUGAGGAAGGAGCCGCGUCUGCUGGAGACUCCGAGUCUCUGGAAAAAAAAUUGCGGGACGCAGAAGCUGAAAAUCGUGAGCUGAGAGCUAAACUGGCCAAGAUGGACUUGGGCUCUGAGGAAUAGACUGCUGACGUAUUAAAAAAUAAUGAUUAUUACAUUCUAUUGAUACUAUAUUUCAUAUUAAUAUACUCUAUUUAUACAAAAAAAAAAUAUUCAAGUGCCUUGAAGGUGAUAAAUUUAACUGCAAGUUAAAUAUUUAUUUAAAAAUAUAACUGAAUAUAAAAUAAGUAUAUUUAAAUUACCAGUAUUUUUACUGUGAUUAAUUAAUCCAACUAUUGAGCUGUGACUAAGUGUUUAAUUUAUUUAACACUCGUAUGAUUUAAAUUUAAAUAAGAACUGACUUAUAUAGUUGUAAGACAAAGUAUUAAUAAAUGAAACUGUUAUUAACGCAAUUAAAAAUUCAAAUAAAUUUAUUACUGCUUAAAAUAAUUUGUUUUUUAAAAGCGUGGAGUUUUUUUUUAUAAUUAAGGUGAAAUUAAUUAUGACUUUAAUGAUAAUAAUACAAUGUAUGAUUAUUUAGACGAAGAUUUAGCUGCUUGCCUCUUCUUGACAUCCCAGUUGUAAACUCGCGCCAUGUUAACUUCAGUUGUCGUAAACUGAUCGCGAAUGAAGUCCAAGUCAUGCUCGACUUGAAUUAACUUCGUUUUAGCGGUUUCAAUAUUUUUAACCAUCAGUUCUUGUGCGUCAUCGAGAGUGUACUCCAACAUGACAUUAGCACCGAGCCACAGGCACACUUUGUCAGUUGGUGGAACUAUUGCUUUAGCAAACACUUGUUCAGACAACAAAAACUGAGUCUCAAGAUCUUGGCUGCUGUUUUUUUCAGCCUGUAAUUUUUUUAUCAUCUCCAGUGCUCUCUCCAGCUCGGGAAUUUGGGACCUAAGUCUCCGCCUCUUGCUGGCUAAAUUGAACUCCAUGAAUUUGUACUUGCUGUGAUUUUCAUCCAGCCUUUUAAGUACUUUGUCCACCUGGCCAUUGUUCUCGGGUAGUGCCAUGAAAGCAUCAACAUCUUCC